ACUCGUUGGGAGUGAGAAAAGGCAGAGCUUUGAAAAAGAUGAUCAUCACUCAUCAGCGUUGGCACUUGGCUAUGGCUCACCGGAGCAAAGCGGAAGCAAUUGGGAAAUAUCAUCGUGGCUCGCCGCAUUCUUCUUUUCAGGCGGAGAAACCCUUGCCGCAUUUGUUUACGAUUAUUCUAACUGAAAACAAGCUGGUAAUAUUUCUAUUUCUCUUUCGAUUGAUUAAAUGCAGAAAAGAAGUAGAGGUGUUGCUUCAUCAAUGAGCCCAAAUUUUAAGCGACGCUAUCAAACAAGAAAUAAAAAGGUGAAGACAGAGCAGUUGACUGAAUUAACUGAUGGUUAUGCUAAGAAACCAAGAAGACACCGAACUGACAAAACAUAAAAAAUCUUGCGCUCAUGAGGUUAUUGAAUUACAAUGGUAAUUACUCUGAAGGUGAAGUUAAGUGGGUACCAAAUUGAGAAUAUUAAACUGUAAAUUUCUGAUGGAAGUGGGAAAUCAACCUUAGAAGAAUUGGUACAAGAAGUGGGAUGCGUUUGGUAUUGGGGAAGGGAUUGAAUGCAUUUAGCAGGGGCAAUAAUUGGAAGGAAUAUAUGUGUGUUUGAGCUGAUCACAAACAAUGUGGUGAUAAAAGUUUCUAUAUUUCCUGUACUUGAACAUUCAGAGCCUCAGAAUUUAUUGCUAAGGUCAAGAAUAUGCAGAAGCUCAGUUGAUGUAAAGCAUCUGUUGCACGACAAUGAUCAGUUCCUCUUCGCACCAGGCUGCAAUUGAACCAUCAAUUUUAUAGCUUUAUUAUCAGUUGACCAAAAACAUCUUCUAAAUUCCAAAGCAAAACAUGCCUUCUUAUUACUGCAUGCUGCUUGUUCUGCUCACAUUUUUUGUUUUUCAGUGGUUUGCAGUGCUUUGCGAGCAAUUUUCAGUGUUAUUGCUAUUGAUACUAGGAAAGCAGAUGAUGCUUGGAAGUGUUUUCUGUGGGGUUCAUCGUCGUAACGUUGAGGGAGGAAAUGCUGUUGCAUUGUAAUUAUGCUCCAAGAGAAUUUUCUGAAAGAUUUCUUAGUGAUGAGUCUAAAUAUAUUAAAGUUGAAAUUUCCGAUGGAAGAGAGUGGCCAAUCAGUCUUUGGGGAACUUGCGGACGAUUGCAGCUAGGAAAGGGACUGACUGCAUUUUUUAGGGAUAAUAAGCUGAAAGCAGGAGAUGUUUGUGUCUUUGAGCUGAUGAAAAAUAGUAUGGCGCUGAAAGCUUCUAUUUUUCACGCUGAUAUUAGCAUUAUUACGAGUACCCCUUUGAGUUUACAGAGGUAUCACCAGAAACUAAGAGAGCAAUUGUUGCUGUUAGGGCGUACAAACCUAAACAUCCUUCUUUUAUGGUGGUUCUUUGUUCACGUAGUGUGCUGAGUGUGCCGAAGGAUUUUUCGAGAAGGUUUCUUAUUGGAGCUCCUGAGAAUAUUAAACUAGAAAUUUCUGGUGGAAGGAAGUAGGACAUCGGCUUUAGAAGAAGUGGGUUGCGUUUGGCACUGGGGAAGGGAUUGAAUGCAUUUCACAGGGACAAUAAUCUGAAGGCAGGAGAUGUAUGUGUGUUUGAACUGAUAACAAACAAUGUGGUGAUGAAAGUUUCGACAUUUGAAUAUCUGCAACUCUCCUGCAGUUGAAGAUUCAGAGCCUCAGAAUUGAUUGCUAAUGUCAAGAACUGCAUGUAAUUGAAUGCACUCGCAGGCUUUUCUGCUAUGUACGCAGAUCACUGAAAGUAUAUGCAGAAGUUCAGUGGACGUAAUGCUUCUGUUGCAAGAAAUGAUCGGUUCCCAGGCCUAAUAUGGUUUGGUGUAUGUAAGUUGUGGUGGUUUGUGCAGCUCACAGAUUUUAGAUGUUUUAUCUUCACAGGUAGCCAUACUGAUGAGCAGACAAUUUUCUUGUAUACUUGCAAUGGUUUUACAUUUAAUUAUACAUAAAAUGCAUUCUUCCUUUAGGGCUUAUUUUUUCCUUCAUUGUUCCUUACAUUUACUUAUAACCGACCUGCUGAAUCAAUUGGACUUUGAGGUCAAAACCAAGUCUUUUUCAUUAUUAAAAAGAAGUGAUCAGUUCCUCAUCUUACUUCACACUUCACACCAGGCUGCAAUUGAACCAUAAACAUCUUCUCAGAAUUCCAAAGAAAAAAUGCCUUCCUGUGCAUGCUGCUUGUCUUGCUCACAUUUUUUUGUUUUCCAGGUUGUUGCCGCAAACGAUGCUGAUUAUGAAAAUAUCAAGCCCUCAUCAUCACCAUUUGCAUCGCCUCUUUGAACCCUACAGAAACAGAUUAAUGGUUUGCAGUGCUUUUCGAGCAAUUUUCGGUGCUAUUGCUAUUGACACUAGGAAAGCUGAUGAUACUGGAAGUGUUUUCUGGGGGGUUCAUCAUUGUAACGUCGAGGGAGGAAAUGUUCUUGCAUUGUAAUAAUAUCAAGCCACAAGAACAUCAUCUUCUUCAUCAACCUUUGAGUUUUUUCAAUCCAUGGCUGCCCAAAUGAGAUCCGAUGAAGCUCCAUCUCCAGCUUUCUUCAAAGUAAUUCUUCAGGAUACUAUUGAAGCCAACAAACUGAUGAUUCCGACUAAGUUUGUGAGGGAACAUAGGAGUUCGUUUCUGGAUUAUGUCAAUCUCAUUGUUCCAAAUGGCCAGUCAUGGAAAAUAGGACUGACAAAAUCCGAUGACAAGAUCUACUUCGACAGGAACUGGCUAGAAUUUGUGCAAAAUUUUUCAAUCAAGGAAAAAUAUUUUUUAACAUUUAUACUUGAAGGAAUUUCUACUUUAGAAGUCAGGAUAUAUCCUCCUUCUGGCUGCGAAAUUCUCUAUCCUAUCAUGUCAACUACUCCGCCACGCAAAACCAAUUCCGAGGAAGGAGAGUGCAGCAAGAUGCCUUCUUCAUCAAAGAAGAAUCAACAAACAACAAACCGCAGCAAAGAUGUUAUUGGUGAAGCAGAAGUUGAGCCCGAAAAGAACGAAAAUGAUGAGAUUGAGCAUGAGAAGACUUCACUUGGAAAUGGAAACAUCGGGACAGAAUUACCAUGUUUCAAAAUCCUGAUGCAACCAUACAAUUUCAAGCACAAGAUCGUCCAUUUGCCAACUAAAUUCGGCACAAUUCUGAAGCAAACACCUGAGUUCAUCAACCUUCAAACUACAGGGGGACAAUGGAGCGUUAGACUGAGCAAACAAGUUGCUGAAGGAAAAUAUGACCGUUUCCGAUUGGGGAAUGGAUGGGGCGACUUCCGAGACGAGAACUAUUUGAAGAUCGGAGAUGUUUGUGCUAUCGAGAUUAUCAACAAUAAUCUCUGGAAAGUUACUAUCUUCCGUGAUUGACAAACAAUUUCCAUCUCUUGUGAUGUUAGUGAUUUAAGCUAGAAUUCCUUGAUGGAACUCUAUUCUGAUAUUAUGUAAUUUAAAAUAUAAGUAUCAUUAUUAUUUAUUGGUAUAGUUAUUCUGACUA